GUGAUUACUGCACUAAAUAUUGAACAAGAUAUAGAGGUGAUGUCUCAUUCUAUAAAUAUGUCAAAAACUCGCAAGUGACAAAAAGCAGAAGAGAAAGAGGUUGGAGAUAAAACCCAAAAGCAACUAUCUCCUUUUUCUUCCUAAAAAAGCAGAGCAAUCUUUUUUUGAGGUUUGUUUGCAAGUGAAGAUGUUCAGAUCUAAGUCAUGCAGAGAAGAGACCAGAAGUAGCAGCAUCACCAACAAGUACCAUUGCUUCAGUCAUGGAGAAAAAUCAGAAUCAGAACCAACAAACCAGCAGCCACCAGUGAUGAUGAGAUCUUACAGUACAUCAACUUAUAAUGCAUACCAGAAUCCAACAAUUGUGAGAGACGACUCCAACAAUAAAUCGAAGAGAAGCAAUAAGGUGAAGAAGAAAGGAUUUAAGGGUUUGUGUGAGGCAGAGAUUCAGAGGAAGAAGAGAGUGGCUUCUUAUAAUGUGUAUGGUGUUGAAGGGAGAGUGAAAGGAUCUAUGAAGAAAAGCUUCAAAUGGUUCAAGGAGACUUGUUCAAACGCUGUCUAUGGUUUGUGGUGAUCCAACCACAAAUCUUCCCAAUCUUCUUCUCUUGUUUCCCCCAUUGAACUUGUCUGUUUUUAUUCUUGUUCUAAGUAGGGUACCCUUCUAAGUAUGAUGAUUGCUGUAACAACUUAAGCUACGAUAAAUACGAUUUAGCAUUUACAAUAUACUUCAUUGAUUCAUUCGUAGACAUGAUGAAGUAUGACAUAACCAGAAGAUGCAACUCUCAGAUCCUCUUU